CUCUAUUGAGGAAAACUUCCGCUCGUCGGCCUUUUUCGUGGCGACACGGAGGCGAGCGGCCGACCAUGGUUUCAGGGAAGCUUUACACGUAUCCCAACAACUUCCGUGCCUAUAAGGUACUGGCUGCUGCCCAGUACUCGGGCGCCAAAGUGGAAGUUGCCAAGGACUUUGUCUUUGGUGAAACCAACAAGACUGAUGCCUUCCUGAAGAAAUUCCCUAUGGGCAAGGUGCCAGCGUUUGAGUCGUCGGACGGUGCGUGCAUCGCCGAGAGCAAUGCGAUCGCGUGGUACGUGGCCAACGAGCAGCUGCGCGGCAAGACGGACAUUGAGCGCGCCCAGGUGGUGCAGUGGAUGGGCUUCGCUGACUCCGAGCUGCUGCCGGCUGUCUGUGCCUGGACGUUCCCCAUGCAGGGUAUCAUCCAGCACAACAAGCAGACGACGGAGCGUGCCAAGGAGGAGUUGCGCCGCGCCAUGGCCGCCCUGAAUGCUCACCUGUUGACGUGCACGUACCUGGUGGGCGAGCGGGUCACGCUGGCCGACGUGGCCGUGUGCUGCACCCUCCUGUCCGCCUACCAGCUCGCCAUGGAUCCUGAGUUCAGGAAGCCUUACGGCAACGUCACCCGCUGGUUCAACACCAUCGUGAACCAGCCACAGGUGAAGACCAUCGUGGGCGAGGUCAAGCUGUGUGUGAAGACCGCCGAUCCCCAGCCGGUGCAGGGUGGCACUGGUGGCAAGAAGGACAAGAAGAAGGAGGAGAAGAAGCCCAAGGAGGACAAGAAGAAGGCCAAGGAGGAGAAGAAGCCACAAGAGGAGGCAGAUCCUGCAGAAGAGGUGAUGGCAGCCGAACCCAAGUCCAAGGAUCCGUUUGCUGGCAUGCCAAAGAGCUCCUGGGAUAUGGAUGACUUUAAGCGUUUCUACUCCAACAACGACGAGGACAAGUCAGUCCCCUACUUCUGGGAGAAGUUUGAUAAGGAGAACUUCUCAAUCUGGUUCUCUGAAUACAAGUACUCAGAUGAGCUGGGACAGAUCUUCAUGUCGUGCAACCUCGUGGGAGGGAUGUUCCAGCGGCUAGAGAAGCUGCGCAAGAAUGCCUUCGCCUCUGUGGUCGUGUUCGGCGAGAACAACAACUCCUCCAUCUCAGGCAUCUGGGUGUGGAGGGGUCACGACCUUGCCUUCGAGCUGAGUCCCGACUGGCAGAUCGACUUCGAGUCGUACAGCUGGAAAAAGCUGGACGCGAACUCAGAAGAGACCAAAAAGAUGGUGAACGACUACUUCAAGUGGGAAGGUGCCGACUCUAAGGGUCGGAAGGUCAACCAGGGCAAGAUCUUUAAGUAGGCCUGUGAUGUCCUGUGUUUUCUGACCAACAAGGAUGCGUCUUCGGAGAAAUUUUAUUUGGGCUGCUCACGGAGACACUGCUUGUUUUGCCUGCUCCCGAGAUGGUCAUAUUUGACAUGGGCGCCUGCCUCUCAGUCACGGAAUCUGGCCGAAGUUUGAUAAAGAAAUACAUCUAUUUGGUCAGUU